AGCACCAUUUUGGGGGAAAAUCUACUCUUUCCCAGUGAGCUGUUAUAGCAGGUUGUGACAUUUUCUCUCAUCCCAGCUGUGUGGAAAGUGCCACACGUGCUCCUGAACAACAACGGCUCUUGCCUGCAUCUUCCAGUGUUUCUUCUGUCAGAGAGCCCAGGAGAGUUGCGAUUCUUCCAGUGCCGGCCCUGACCUGAGUGAGGAGUGCCCAGCAGAGAUGGUAAAGAUGACAAAAUCCAAAACCUUCCAAGCUUAUCUGCCAAACUGCCAUCGCACAUACAGCUGUAUCCACUGCAGGGCCCACCUGGCCAACCACGAUGAGCUCAUCUCCAAGUCCUUCCAGGGAAGUCAGGGACGAGCCUACCUCUUCAAUUCUGUGGUGAACGUGGGCUGUGGCCCCGCCGAGGAGCGAGUCCUCCUCACUGGUUUACACGCUGUGGCGGAUAUCUACUGUGAAAACUGCAAAACCACUCUAGGCUGGAAAUACGAACAUGCCUUUGAGAGCAGUCAGAAAUAUAAGGAAGGAAAAUUUAUUAUUGAGCUUGCCCACAUGAUCAAAGACAAUGGUUGGGAGUAAAGUGAGGCUUGCCGUGCUAUUUGAAUGCUAUUUUGUGAAAGAGACUGUGAAUG